AUGCGCCCGCCCGCGUGGUGCCCGGCGGCGCCGCUGGUCACGAAUCGGUCGCGGUCGCGGCCCUUCUUCCUCGUCGCGGCGCUGCACGUGCGCCUCUACGACUCGGACCCGGCGAAACUCACCGUGGACGACCUCCUGCACUGGCUCGCGUGGCACCGCUACGCUGGGGUGGAAAAGGUCUUCGUCUACGACGCGCACCUCCGCGAGAGCGAGCGCUUCGAAGGCGACCCGCGGAUCCGGGCCGCCGCGCGCGCGGGCUUCCUCGAGUACGUCGACUGGGGCGCCGUCGCGCGGCGCAACGUCCGCGCCGACGGUUCCCUGGCGGGCAAGCACGUCGCCGCCGUGCAGCUGCCCGCCGCGCGCGACGCGCACCGCCGCGCCGUCGACGUCGCGAAGUGGAUGCUCCUGGUCGACGUCGACGAGUACGCGUCCGUCGACGCGGACGAGCCGCCCCGCGGCUUCCUGGGCGCGCGCGUCCGCGCGGAGAGCCGGCGCGCGGAGCGCGGGCGGCCCGUGCGCGUGUCGCAGCUCGUGCUGCCCACGGUCAUCUUCGAGGGCCCGCGCGACGGACGCCGCGGGCCCAUGCUCGCGCGGCAGGUUGUUCGGCGGCGCGACGCCGCGCACAACCGGAGCGCGACGAAGGCAAUCGUGCGCCUCGACGCCGUCGCCGAGUACAACGUCCACAAGUCGACAGUUGCCUUCGGGAGGACCGUCGCCGUGGCGCGGUCGUCUCUGUUCGUCCGCCACUACCAUGCGGGACGAUCCGUGGGGUACCGCUCGUGGCCCGAGCUCCGCCGGGACCCGGAGGCGCUCGGCGAGCUCCUCGGUAGGACGGAGCCCGCGGACUGCCGCGCGAUCUGCGACGCCGUCCUCGCGUGCGACCGCGCCGCGGCCGACGACGACGCGCCGCCGCUCGCGCUCGGCGCCGCCGCCCUGCGCGUCUACUGGGCCGGCUCCGUCUUCUUCUGCAGCAUCGGCGCCAUUUGCCUCGUCCUCGUCGGCCGGUCCAUCGCCUCGCGCACGGAGUCGCCGCUGUCGGCGCAGGGAACGCUCCUGAACACGGUGCUGCCCGUGCUCCUGGGCGACGCCCUCUUCGUGUUCUCGCGCGGCCCGGCGCCCGGAAAACCGUCGUCGCGGACGCGACGCCGCAGGUACCUGCCCUACCACGUCUUCAACCUGUACACGGACGGCGGCGGCAACGAGCGCGGCGCCGUCUGCGCCGCGUCGGGCUUCCUGGGCAUCCUCGCCUCGACCCUGGGCCUCUGCGGCGCGGCGGCCAUGGCCUACGCGCCCUGGCGCGCGAUCCGCGACGCGGCGGCCUGCCGGCGGUCCCGCGGGGCCCCGCGGGGCAGACUCCUGGCCGCGUGCGCGCUGAUGGUGCUCUGGAGCUGCGGCUGCGCGACGGCGCCGCUGCUCCGGGACAACGUGGGCACGAACCGGGGCUUCUACUGCGCCGCACUGGGGCGACCCCGUCUCCGCGCUGCCGUCGCUCAUCACCUGGAGCGGCGCCGCGGGCCUGACGGCGUGGUUCCCUACGACACGCGGCGAAAGAUCGGCGACCACGGCACGGAGGCCGAGAGCCCGCGCCGGGCCGUGCGCGACGCGAGCCGCCUCGGCCUCGGCAUCUUUCUGGGCAUCCUGGCCUUUUGGGGGCCGAUCAUCGCGACGGUCGUCUGCCACCUGUUGGGGGUGAGGACGCCCGUCGGCCUCGAGUUCGCCGCGGGUCUGGUCGCCAAGAUGAAGCCGCCCUUCGACGCCUACCUGCUCAUGCGCCUCAAGGCGCUGCGCGACAGCUUCUUCGUCCGGGCCCUCGUCGCGCGGCUCCGCCGCAUCUCGCGGACGCUCGGCGCCGCGGCGCCGCGGCUGGGCAAGCUCAUGCCGAGGCGGCCGAGCGACCGGCGGCGGUCGUCCGCGACGAAGGCCGACCACGAGGCCGCCGUCGAGCUGCCGGAGUCGUCGCUCUGCGACUACGCGGGGGCCCUCGAGCCCGCCGAGGGCGUCGAGGCCUGGGACGGCGACGAGCGCAAGGUCGAGGCCGAGGGCGUCGAGGCCUGGGACGGCGACGAGCGCAAGGUCGAGGCCGAGGGCGGCGAGGCCUGGGACGGCGACGAGCGCAAGGUCGAGGCGCUCCGCGACGACGGCCCGAGGGUCGCGCCCGUCGCCUGGGACGACGGCGGCGACCACCCCGAGGAGCACGGCGUCGGCCACGUGCUCGAGCACCGCACGUCGUCGCGGCGGUCCAUGCUCCUCGCCGGGAGCGCGCCGUCGGCCAUCUCCCCGCGGAACGUCUUCGCCUCCGUCGGCGACGGCGCCGACUCCGACGACGACGACGGCGGCCCCGCGCGGAACGUCUUCGCCUCCGUCGGCGACGGCGGCGACUCCGACGACGACGACGGCGGCCCCGCGCCCGCCUACGCGUCGCCCCGGCGCGCGGAACCCACUUAG